AUGCCUACACAAAAUGUAACGAAGCCAGCUGAGGGAUCAACCCGGCCUGGUGCCACGGCGCCUAAGCGAAAGCACAGCGACACAGGAGCCGAAUCUAAUAAGAGACUCAAAGUUUCUGAUGGGGAGAAGACCUCAGUUCAUCAAACAAAGUCUCGCAAGAAAUCCAAGCCCAAGAAAAAGAUCUUGUACCAUCUUCGAGUGUCUCUCGAUCCGGGUACAGAGUUCUGCAAGGCAGCAAUACUCGUCAUCAAAAAGGCUACCGUCAACGGCAAGACUCUUCCCGACGAAUGUGGUCCGUGUGAGAUCGUGAAAUUUCCCGAUGGCAAGUCAUUUGUCCGGCCCCAAGUUGCCUUCAGGUCCGUAACACGGAGGGGAAGUAGACAGUCGAUCCCCAUACCGCUGUUUGGUCAUGAGGUGGACGAAGCACUCAAGAACGAUGAGAUUGAUGCUCACGAGAUCAUACGGCAUUUCAAGCCCAUGAUUUACAAGGGCCACAUGGCAGCACAGAGGAAGCCUGUUGAUGAGACGCUAGAACUGCAAGGACAAGUUGAGAAUUUAAAUUUGGAUAUGAAAAAUUCUGCUGGUGAAUUUGGCACUCACCAUGAGGAAAACGAAACCCCAGGAAACGAAAAAGACUUACAAGAGACCAUAGUCCCCCUUCGACUGUUUUCGCAGCUUUUACAGUGGCUCCUUCAAUGUGCCGUCGAAUUCGCCGUCACUAACCACCCGGAGCUUCAGUGGCCCAAGUCCGAGCAGCCCUCGGACCUUAAGAGACUGCUACUUGAAAAGGCGCAGAAUAUUCGCAUUGCUCUUGCUAUACUGCAGACUACACUGUCCUUCACAGGCAACACAUCUUGCAGCAGCCAAGGGGGCUGGUAUCCAAGAACCAUCGCUUUACUUGGUGUCCGAGGCUGCACUGGCGCUAAGACUCUAUUUGAAAACACAAGACCAGAACCAGUUGUCACUGAACAAAACCUACAUGCUCAUCGACAUAGAAGUGUGUCUCCACUCAAAGUCAGCGAAGAGCUUCCACCGGUGACAGAAUGGGCUGGCGGCUCCGAAGUCAAUGGGGAUGCUGCAGCGUUUUUCAUGAAAGCGAUGAAAAAUCUCAAAGAGACGAUGACCUCAAUGCAAGAGACACGCGUCCAACAGGCGAGAUGUCAAGCCAGUGAUCUGAAACACAGAAUGGGAUGGAAAUCUCUCGAUCUGGAAUCUAUCAAAAAGAUCAAAAAGAUUCAAAGACGAGGAUUAACCAGACGCAUGCUGGAAGAGGAGAUAGCUGAAGCGUUUGAGCACUGGCAGGGGCGCCCUGCUAAUAAAGCCUCGGACCGUUUUUUGAAGGUUAGAGGUCUUCUCUUCCGCUUCUAA